UGUUCAAAGUUGCGCCUUUGGAUUUGAGUGCCUAUUAAGUAUGGAAAAGGAACGAACUGCUCGUGUGCCUUGUCUUUUGGGAAUUCUUGAUUUGCAAAAAUUGGUUCAGAGCGAGAACUUGCAUUUUUCAGAAGAAACUAACCGAUAUCUUUUGUACCAGACCCUGAAAAAAGUCGGCCCCGAUGAAGCUCAGAAGUUGAUAAGUAAAUUGGUUGAGAGAGGCGAAAUUGUGUGGCCAGAGGAUGAAGACUUUGAAGUGGAGGACAUAGUAGAUCACGCGGUGGUGGAAGUAUUCCAGGAAUCCGACAGCAACAUCAGCGGCGACGAGGACAGCAUGUGUUAA